AUGUCGUCGACUAUUAAGAAGGUCAUUGUCGUCGGAGCGGGUGGCCAUCUCGGACCACACAUCGUCUCUGCUUUCGAUUCCGAUCCUCGGUUUGAAAUCUGCAUUCUGAGCCGUCAUUCAUCAAAGUCCACAUUCCCGCCUCAUAUCCCAGUCCACCGCGUCAGUGACAACUAUGACGAAACCGAGCUUGUCAAGAUUUGUACCGGUCAGGAUGCAAUCAUCUGCACGAUCGCCAUGCAAGCCAUACACCAGCAAAAGGCUUUAAUAAAUGCAGCUGUCAAAGCCGGCGUGAAACAUUUUGUGCCGUCCGAGUUUGGCCACGACACGCGGAACGACCAGGCGGCUGAGAUGCUCCCGCAGUUCUACGCGGCAAAAAGGCAGAUAGUGGCGUACUUGAAGAGCAAGGAGGGGGAUGGGCUUUGUUGGACGGCGUUCGUGACGGGGCCGUUCUUCGAGAUAGCCGUCUCCAAUUUCCUCGGAUUCGACAUGGAAAAAAGGCACGCUACCAUCCUCGACCAUGGCACGAAUUGUUGGUCGGCGACAACUCGCAGCACUGUAGGUCUUGCGGUAAAGAAUGCAAUGCUGAGUCCGGAAAGCGUGGCCAACAAGUACUUGUUUAUCGAGUCAUUCAAUGUCUCGCAGAGGGACACUCUCGCUGCUUUGGAAGAUCUGACAGCAGCAAAGUGGAACGUAACCUACCACGAUGCGGAGGAGGAAAAACGGCUGGCCUUGGAAAAGCUGGCCAAGGGAAACUAUAGCGCAAUCCCUGUGCUCAUGCGAUACAUAACGUGUGUCAAGGGGUAUGGUGGGAACUAUAUGGACACUGACGAGAGCGCGAAUAAGCUGCUGUCGUUGCCAACAGAAAGCCUACAUGAGGCUCUGGCCGGGUUGGCAAGACAAGAUUAA